AUGGAGGGCGUUUCUGAUAGUGAAGAAGAAACUGACAAUAGAGAGUACCCUUAUCAUAAUGUUGUUACCAAUUUUACAACGACGGAAGACGAGGAGGAUGAGGACGAAGAAAUGGACGUUUGUACUUCUGACGAUUCUGAAACUGACGAAACUGAAAACGAACAAAUCACUCAAAAUAUUCACCCGGUGCAAAAUCAAAGAUUUGAAGGUG